AUGACCAGCCCCAAGGCCGCCGCAAGAGACAAAUUCUGUGAGGGCCUGCAGGCCCUCUUGGCGACUGUGUCGAAGACGGAUAAGUUGAUUGUCCUUGGGGACUUCAACGCCCGCGUUAGCACAGACCAUACUGCCUGGAGAGGGGUGCUGGGUCCCCACGGUCUCCGCGGCUCAAAGGACAUUGGCCGGCUGCUCCUCCGCACCUGCGCAGAACACCGCCUCAUGCCGACGAACACGUUCUUCUGUCUGCCGGAGCGAGAUACGGCCACCUGGAGGCAUCCUCGGUCGCGCCAGUGGCACCUGCUGGACUAUGUCCUCGUCCGGAGGCGAGACCAGCGGGACGUGCUGGUGACAAAGGCGAUCGCGGGUGGUGACGGAUGGACUGACCAUCGCCUCGUCAUCUCGGAGCUGCGUAUUCGCCUACAGCCUCGCAGGAGACCACAAGGUAAGCGACCCCCAGGAAAGCUGAAUACUGCCUUGUUGUUUUUGCCGGCUCACCAUCUUCAUUUCAACAACGAGCUAGCUCAACGGCUAGACAACCUUCCAAUCGCUGCCGCCGCCGCCGCCGCUGCGAGAACGCCUCCGUGGAGAACCGCUGAUGUCAACUGCGAGACACGGUCCAGUCGACGGCGCUAG